AUGAUGAGUGCAAAACUUGGGAUCAAUUUGAAGGGUCCCGCUGAGGUUUUUAUCAAGCAUCCUGAUGGUUCUGAAACUCGGGUUAUUCGGCGGAAAAAGGGCGUCGUACAGCAACGCAACGAUGUAGACUUGCUAAAUCGUGAUGAAGAACGGGAAAUGGUGUAUGCUUGCCCUCCGUAUACAGCCAGCUUCAACGCUAUGUUGAAGGAGCGGAAGGAAAAGAACAGUCGUGCCCUUGUAAACGCUGUUUUGGAACGGAUGCACGCAGAAUCUAUUCCCCUCAAUGUUAUCACCUACAACUCGCUGUUGGAGCGUGUGGUAGGUGCUUCUGAUGAUAUUGCCUUCGAAUUGUAUGAUGAAAUUAGGGAGGACUCUAUGUGUGUGAAUAGCAAUGUUCAACCGGACCUCACUACAUAUCAGUUGCUCUUUCGCGCUUGUGAGCGCAAAAGCCAGUAUCAUCGUGCGUUUCAUCUGUACAUGCAAAUGAGGGAGAUGCCACACAUUGUUCCAGAUACGACCACAUAUGACACGUUAUUAGGUUUUUGUGCUGCGGUGAAAGAUGUUCCCCAAGCCCUUUUCUUUAUGGAGGAAAUGAAAAAGAACUGCGUAGCUCCAAGCGUCAACACAUACAAUUGUCUAAUGGGAGCACUUCGGGAAAAGGCACCUUACGAGGAAACUUUACGCGUAUACAAUGGGAUGACAGAGUGGGGUGUUAAGCCAACUGUACGAACAUUCAAUACAGUAACUGGAGCUGCACUCAUUCACGAUGACUAUGAGAUGGCCUUUCAGUUGUUUGAAGAAAUGAAGAAGCAGGGAGUACUCCCAAAUGUUGUUUCAUACAACACACUACUCUGUUUGGUACGGCAACGACUCGACUACGUAAUGGGGCGCAAUGCGUACGCAAGUGUAAAGCGAACAAGAGAGCAACAGGCACAUGGUAUGAAAGCUAUUUCUGAACUGACAACGACGCUUUUUCAUGAAAUGGGCUCGAUGGUUGUGGAGCCGAACACCUUCACUUUUAACUUAGUAAUGGAAAUACUCAUUGAGUGUGAUGAUUUUGGUGUUUUCGACAUUUAUCGCAUGAUGCAGGAACACUACAACAAAAACAAUAACAAAACGAGCAUUAUUGAAGAGAAAAUAGAGGCAACACGGAUGAGUGUUUCUAUCAUGAUGGCGGAGGCAAGCCUCAGUUUAGACAGUAACAAGAUUCAACCAAGGGAGAGAAAUCCAAGUAUCGAUAGCAUUUUGUGUUCUAUUGACGUAAACAAGGACACAUCAAAUGCCGCAAACCUGGCCGGACUCCCUUCUCUUGACGUGAUCAUGGGUAUGGACAACCGAAAGCGGUCUGCACGGAUCACAGCUAACGAAAUGCAACCGAACGUAGACACUUAUCGACUUAUUGUCCGCGCAUGUUUGCAUUUUGGAUUUGCGAAGCAUUGCCACUACUUUUAUAACGCAAUGCUCAACGAGGGUCUGGGUCCCGAUUAUAAUUUCGCACUACUUAUGGAAACUGUUUGUGAAGAGAUCCGCGACGUUGAAAAGGCCUUCGCGGUACUUUCCCACGCAAAAAUGGCGGGGGUUUAUAUUGACGUUUCACUAUUCAACGCAUACCUCAGAGUACUAGCUGCUGUUGGAGAUGACAAACUGCUUUCAAUACUGGGUGAGAUGGAACUUGGUAUUAACUCAUUUUGUUCGCAACCGGACGUGGAAACGUACAACAUAGUGCUACGGUAUCAUCUUGGUUUGAAGCACUACGACGCGGUAGUGGAACUCUUUGAUUCAAUGUAUGACUCGUACAGGCAAGUGAGACCGAAUGCCGACACCUAUUUGUGGAUGUUACAAACACACCGCGCAAUGAAUGAUGCGGAAGCUGCAACGCAAUUGCUCGAGUCCAUGCACAAGCGGCAAAUUCCAGUUGAUAUACAACACUAUCACGAGUUGAUGCGUGUGUACGUUCAGGCGGGCGACGAAAGGUUGUUACAAGUCUUUCAACAGCUCCAAAAUGGCGACGACGGAGAAUAUCAAUACCCAAAGGUAGAUGUGAUUUGUUUUUCCCUUGUCAUGGAAUAUUACGUUCGACUCAAAGAAUGGGAUAAGCUGGAUGCACUUUUUCAUAAACUUCUGGGCUACCCGGAUAUGGAAGCAGAUGUUAACUGUUAUAACAUUAUGUUUGACAUGUGCCUUCUCUGCGGUAAGUACGUAGAAGCGAAGUCCCUGUUCAACGAAUUGCGCAUGAAGUGUGUGAAACCAGAUCUAAGAAUGUACAACACACUCCUUCACAUAUUUGCCGCCGCUGCUGAUAGCGCGAUGUAUGAAGUUUUAGAAACAAUGAGGAUGAACCAUGUAGCUCCAGAGGCUAGCACGUUGUCCAUCUUACUGCAAUACGCCGAGGGAAGACACCUGGUGUCAGAUGCUGUGGCACGCAAUCUUUUCUGGGACCCAACAACGGAUCUAAAGGGUCUUCUUUAG